AGAUCAGCGCUGCAUUGGGAUUUCCUGAGGGUCUCCUCAGCCUUGGCUCACGCCGGGUUAGUGUGAAGGACUCUUCGUCCGCCGCUUGGACCGGUCCGUCGGCUCUCUGCGUGGACUCUGGAAGCUCAUGGACAGCUUUGAUAAUCUCAGCGCCUCGGAGAAGGCAGAAGCGUCGGAGCUUCAGAAGAUGAUCGCUAUAGAGCAGCAGAAGGCCCAGUUCCAGGCUCAGGUGCACAGUUUCACAGACGUGUGCUGGGACAAGUGUGUGGAUAGUCCAGGCUCCAAGCUGGACUACCGGACAGAGACAUGUCUGCAGAACUGUGUGGAGAGGUUCAUUGACACCACCUUAACCAUCACCAACCGCUUCACACAGAUGGUGCAGAAGGGCACUCACUGAUCAUGGACCUGAUCCAGAAGGACGAUUUACUCAGAAGCUACCCGUGUUGUAUCAUGCGGAUGGGAGAGGACCAUAUGUUUCGGGCUCUGGAGAUGUGGGAUGAAGUCUCUCAUGUUUCUGGAAGUAAAUCAGUUUGGAAACUCGCACAUAAUCUAUGUUCUGGUGUGAGAUCCUUGCAAGUUGUAAAAGGUUUGACAAGGAUUCUGAUAGAAUCCAGUGAUGAUGAUCAGGCGGAGGUCUUAAAUGAUAUUAAAGUCUUUAAAUAUUGUGCUCUUUUUUUCUGUCUAGGUGAAAGACAUAGAAGUACAUAGAUGGCUUAUAUUCUUCGAUUUACGUAACAAUCCAGUUUAUUUGACAAACAGUGUUAGCGAAAAGUAUACAUACCUUCUACUGUUCCCCAUUCUGUUUAGUGAUUUUAAAACUAGUGGUGCACCGAUUACAGUUUUCUUUUUGAUCACUAAUCUAAUUUAUGGAUUCAGAUUUUGACCAUUUAUCAAUGUUUGGUUUUUUUAAUAACUGACACUGUCAGGUGUUAUAACAUCACAAUACACCUUCAAUGUUCCAAUCUUGUAUUAUUGAAAUAUACAGGAGGCAGUUGUCUCAAAUUAAUAAAUAUUAUUUGGCUAUUU